AAGAGGGUGUAGAAAGUAUAGAAGAAGUUUAUCAGAAUAUAUUUUAUUGAGAGAAAAUAUACAUACACAAGCAAGGUACAGACGUCAGGGAAAAAAAAAGGUACUGGGGUCGAGGACUAGCCAAGCUGUGCGUAUAUAUAUGUGCGUGGGGUGUCUGGUAUGUUUAGAAGAACAAUAAUAAACAUAAAAGAAACAGCAACAACAGCUGCGAGAGCUGAGAGCCUCGGACAAUUUGCAGACUUGGCAGAGAGCUUUGUCUGCCCAUCCCGCCUCGGCCCUUUCAAUUCUCAGGUCUCAGAGCCUAUAAAGUGUCUGAAGAAGAAGAAUAAUAAGAAGAAGAAGAUAAGUGUGAGAGGAAUGGGAGGAGGAACAGGAGCAGGAGCAACAUCAACAUUGAGGAAAGCAGCUCGGAAGGUGGUGGUAGCUGCAGCAUAUGCUUGUGGUUCCUUCUCCAGAAGUAAGGCUCUCGUGGACCUCCAUACCACCAGCACUACUCAACCUAUCUCGGAUAAUUUAGGUGUGUCUCGCACAAAGUCGAAGAACGGUUCAGCAGAAGAUGUUGCAGAUGAAGCAGAACCAUCUUCCCACAAUGCACCUACUUCCAAGAGCUUAUGUGCAAUAUGUCUAGAGCCUUUGAGUUAUAACAGCAAGGGAAGCAACCCGGGACAGGCAAUUUUUACAGCCCAGUGCUCUCAUUCUUUCCACUUCGCUUGCAUCUCCUCCAAUGUACGCCAUGGUAGUGUCACCUGCCCCAUUUGCCGUGCCCAUUGGACCCAACUGCCCCGCAGCCUUAACCCUCCUUGUGCUUCAUUCUCUUCCUGCAACCAAAAUGAUCCCAUACUCCAACUCCUUGAUGACUCCAUUGCUACUUUCCGUGUCCACAGGCGGUCCUUCCUGCAGUCUGCCCGCUAUGACGACGAUGACCCAAUUGAGCCUGAUCACUUGACUACUCAUCCCCGUCUUUGUCUCUCAUUGGUGCAUCCCCCUAGUGCACCUCCCAUAUUUCAUUCAUCUAUGCAAAUGACCAGCCGCACCUCAAACCCCUAUCAUCCACCCCUACAUCACUUGACAUGCAGUUCCUCAUCAUCACUAUCAUCACCAACUAGGCAAACACCUUAUAUUAGGUGUACCCCCUCGAACAUAUCUUUUCUUUCAGUAAAAUUGGCACAUCAACAAGCAACUGACUUGGUCUUGGUUGCAAGUCCCAACGGGCCGCACCUGAGGCUUCUCAAGCAAUCUAUGGCAAUGGUGGUUUUCUCCCUUCGGCCAAUUGAUCGUUUAGCCAUUGUUACUCACUCAUCAGCUGCAGCUCGUGUCUUCCCCCUUAAACGCAUGACAUCCUAUGGCAAGCGAACUGCCUUACAAGUCAUUGAUCGGCUCUUCUACAUGGGGCAAGCAGAUCCUUUUGAAGGUCUAAAAAAGGGCAUCAAGAUACUUGAAGAUCGUGUCCAUAAAAAUCCACAGUCCCGUAUCCUGCAUCUUUCUGACAGUCCAACACGAUCUUAUCAUGCUAUCAACAUGGAAGCACCCAUUCCAAUCCAUAGGUUUCACGUCGGGUUCGGCUUUGGAACCUCGAAUGGAUUUGUCAUGCAUGAAUUUGAGCAGUUCCUAUCAAGAAUGCUGGGAGGGGUCAUUAGAGAUAUCCAGUUGAGGAUUGGAGAGGAUUUUAACUGUAGAAUGGUAAGGAUUGGAGAGUUGAAAGGCAGUGAUGAAAAGAGGAUCUCUUUAGACCUGGGUGAGUAUGGACAUGUUCGAGUUGGAUACAGCUACAUUGAGGGAGAGGUUGAUGAAUGCAUCAUAACAGGGGAAACUAUAGUGAAUGUAGGGGAUAAAAGUAACCCUUCAGGAACUGCAGGAAUGGAUGUGAUCACUCGUGGGAGGAGCAGUAGUGUUGAAGCUUGGGAUUACCAUGAUCCUUACAUGGCUAGAAGAUGGGCAAAGCAUUUACAUGGCUACAGGCUUUGAAUCGAUCCAAGUUAUCCCACAGAUUUUUUAUGUCUAUAUCUAUACGAAUCAGCCACCAUUUUUGAAGAUGAUUUACGCCAUCCAGAACCAAUGUCGAGUCUGAUUAGUUAACAGGGCGGGCUUCUACGCUCAAACCUCGCUGAGAAAGUAUGUGCAAUAUAUACUUUUUCUCACUCUUGCUAUUACAACGAAGGAUUAAAAUUUAUUCAAUCGAACCUCAAGCUGUCGUACAAUUAUCAAUUGUAAUUUAUGUUUUUAUUGUUUCAGCCGCUUAAAGAUCGGCUCAAAUACUAAACGACUUGAGCAGAGGCAAACGACAUUUCCAUAGUGCACUAGGUAGAGCUUGGAUUUGCUCCAUCUGUAUACUGAUAAUAGUAGUAAUGGUGUUAGAAGAAGAAAAGGAAAUGGUGGAAGGCGGAAGAAGAUAAAGAGAAAAAAGCUCUCAUAUAACUACCCUGUAGAAGAGGGGACGAAGAGGGAUCCUGUUCUGCUUUUAAUAUGUUAUUGCUGUCAUAGACAUGCCGCGGACUUUAUAUAUUAUAUUGUCCU